UUAAUCUCGGAGGAAUGUGUAAUCAAAUUUGGGGAGGAGUUUCUGGCGAGUUUGUUAUUUAAGCCUUUUCUCCUCCCCAUGCAACUUGGAAGAGAACUCAGAAGCAGAAUGAAGAUGUUGCUCCUGCUGAUGAUCGCAGCUGCUGUCCUGCCUUCUCAUUGUAACAACGUCAAUGGGACAAUUAACAGUGAUGGAGUCUGUGUUUGUUCCGUGAUUUUGCCUGAAAGCAAAUUUCCUUUUGAAAAAGUGGAAUAUUUGGAAACAACAUACCAGGAGCUCAGUAUCAAUGUUCAACGUGAAAUAAGCAAGGUGCAGGAAUAUACGAGGACCCUCUCUGUGCACACGGCCAAGCUGCUGAACCUGACACAACGUGUGGAGAAGAUGGAGACUGGAGACUCCUACACCCAACUCGACUUCGAACUGCUGAAACUGGAGAUCCGAGAGUUGGUGUCACUCACCAGUCAACUGAAGAUCUCACUCAAUGGCAGCAACAGCAUCAUUGAUCAGCUUUACAGUGAGAUUACGAACAUGUCUCAAGCUGUCAACCAGCUGGAAUCGCUUGAUAAGCACAACUUGCUGGCAUUCCGCAGGGCAAUUGUGACACUGAGGAAACAGCUACAAGACUGUGAGGAGAAUCGGGCUGCACAAACUCCUGCCUCCGUUGACUACGGGAGCUGCGGUCAUAAUGGCCUUCUGAAUGUGUCCACGCCCUUUGUAGUACAACUGAACUGGAGAGGAUUUAAUUAUAAAUAUGGUGGAUGGGGCAAAGAUCCAGCAGCAAGCUCCAGUGAAAAGGAUGUGUACUGGGUGACUCCACUCGAGACAGACGCACGGUCGUUUUACUCCUUCAGACUCUAUUAUUCACACGAUGAUUUACUGCUCUACAAAAACCCAACAACCAAAACGGUUCCGUCUUAUAGAUAUAAUACAUACAGGGGACAGGGAAGUGGAAUGGCUUUUUACAAUAACUCCUUGUAUUACAACUGUUUCAAUUCGAGGGACAUGUGCAGGUUUAACCUGGACACGAACAGUGUACAGAGGCAGACUGUUACAGGUGCAGCUUACAACAACAGGUUUUCUUAUACAGGUGUCGCAUACCAAGACAUGGAUUUUGCUGUAGAUGAAAAUGGCCUGUGGGUCAUUUACAGUCCUGAAGCAAAUGCUGGGUAUGCUGCUAUUGGUAAAAUUAAUGUGACCUCCUUCACUGUGGAAAGGACAUGGGUGACUAGGCUAUUUAAACCUGGUGCAACCAAUGCCUUUAUGAUUUGUGGGGUGAUGUAUGCAAUACGGCCAGUAGACCUACGGUCUGAGGAAAUUUUCUACAUGUUUGAUACCGGAACUGGGGAGGAGGGUAGGAUUUCUAUAAAGAUGGGCAAAGUCAUGGAGAAACUGCAAAGUGUCAAUUACAAUCCAUCCGAUCACAAACUCUAUGUGUACAACGAUGGCUACCAGUUAACUUACAAUGUGAUAUUUAUACGUGAUGAACAGCCAACAAGGCAACAGUAGUAUUGACAGAUCAAAUUUAACAGGGAGCAAACUGAUUAACAGGGUCUGGAAAUCACUAGGUGAAUCUGGCUCCAUAGGGGAAUUUCUGUACUUGAAUGUCAGUUUAGGUUUAGUUGCUGUUUGACACUUUACUUACCACUGCAGCUUAACCACAGUGUUUUAGCAGGUGAGCUGUGAAGCUGAUGCUGCAAUGUAUGGCUUUGGAACAGUAUCCAUACCCAGAAUGGGUGAAGUUUUAAUCUGCACCAUAGCUGUUAGAAUGGUUAUAGAAAUAUAAGAGAUAGACAUGUCUUUUUUGAGGUCUAAUUCAACUGAGCUCUAAUAUAACCAACACUUCCCAAGUAUUGGAGAAAUGAUAGUGACUGUGAAGAGAUUUUCUUCCAGAAUGAUGGUAACAUUCUGCCUGUGAGAAUAAUUCUGGGAGUGACAGUUUAUUUAAUAUCUGGACAAUUAUCCAGCUGAAUGGACGAGUGUAAAAACCUCACACAGGGAGAAAGAGAAGACUCAUUCCUUACUGUUGCAAUAAUUCACUUUCCGUCUCUAUCAUGAAUUAUUAUUGAAGUUCUUUAUCAGUUAUACGGUGACAAGAUUUUGUUUGGUGAUUUAUACUGGAAUCUUCGCAAAUUUAAUAAUAAACAUCAACAUCUACAAA